CGGGGCGACGGCCCGAGAGGUGGCGGCCGAGCGGGUUCGGCGCGGAUGCCCGCGGCGGUGCAGCAGAUUUCUGCUGUGAGAAUUAACAGUAACAGUUCAAUAUGGGGGAUAUCCUGGCUCAUGAAUCAGAAUUACUUGGACUUGUGAAAGAGUACUUAGAUUUUGCCGAAUUUGAAGACACCUUGAAAACAUUUUCAAAAGAAUGCAAAAUGAAAGGAAAGCCAUUAUCUAAAACAGCAGGUGGCUCUUUAAAGGACUCCAAAUCAUUGAUCAUCCAGAAGAACCUCGUUACUGCAUUUGACAAUGGAGACCAGAAGGUGUUCUUCAGUUUGUGGGAGGAGCACGUUCCCAGUUCCAUCCGAGAUCAUGACUCCCUUGCCCAGAAGUUGGAAUUCUAUCUUCAUAUCCAUUUUGCCAUCUAUCUUCUGAAACACUCCAUAGGGAGACCUGACAAAGAGGAACUGGAUGAGAGGAUUUCUUAUUUCAGAACCUACCUGGAGACCAAAGGGGCAGCGUUGAGCCAGACCACAGAGUUUCUCCCUUUCUAUGCUCUGCCUUUUGUUCCCAAUCCCAUGGUACACCCCUCAUUUAAAGAGCUCUUCCAGGAAUCUUGGACUCCAGAACUAAAGUUGAAGUUGGAAAAGUUUCUGGCUUUAAUUUUUAAAGCUAGUAACACGCCAAAGCUUUUAACAUUAUACAAGGAGAAUGGACAAAGUAACAAAGAAACGUCACAGCAGCUCCACCAGCAGCUGGUAGAAGCCGAGCGAAGGUCAAUGACAUACCUGAAGCGGUACAAUAAGAUCCAGGCGGACUACCACAAUCUCAUUGGGGUCACAGCAGAGCUGGUGGAUUCUCUGGAGGCCACAGUCAGUGGCAAGAUGAUCACCCCGGAGUACCUCCAGAGCGUGUGUGUCCGCCUCUUCAGUGACCAGAUGCGACAGAGCCUGGCGCACAGUGUGGACUUCACGAGACCUGGGACGGCUUCAACCAUGUUAAGAGCCUCCUUGGCACCUGGGAAACUGAAGGAUGUCCCAUUGCUGCCUUCCUUGGAUUAUGAGAAGCUGAAGAAGGAUUUGAUUUUGGGGAGUGACCGCUUGAAAGCCUUCUUGUUGCAGGCUCUGCGCUGGCGCUUGACCACAUCCCAUCCUGGAGAGCAAAGGGAGACCGUUCUGGAAGCCUACAUUGGCAACGACCUCCUGGAUUGUCACAGCCACAGCCAGAGGACUGUGCUCCAGCUGCUGCAUUCAAAGAGCGAGGUAGUACGGCAGUACAUGGCCCGGCUCAUCAAUGCUUUUGCAUCCCUGGCAGGAGGUCGCCUCUACCUGGCCCAGAGCACAAAGGUGCUGCGGAUGCUGGAGGAAAGGCUGAAGGAGGAGGAUGAGGACAUCGUCACCCGUGAGAACGUUCUCGGGGCCUUGCAGAAGUUCAGCCUCAGGCGCCCGCUGCAGACGGCAAUGAUUCGAGACGGCCUCAUCUUCUGGCUGAUUGAUAUUCUGAAGGACCCUGACUGCCUGUCAGACUAUACGCUGGAGUACUCGGUGGCUUUGCUCAUGAACCUCUGCCUCAGGAGCGCAGGGAAGAACAUGUGUGCCAAGGUGGCAGGCCUGGUGUUGAAAGUUCUUUCGGACCUACUUGGCCAUGAGAACCAUGAGAUACAGCCGUAUGUGAAUGGAGCUCUGUACAGCAUCCUCUCUAUUCCAUCCAUUCGUGAGGAAGCAAGAGCAAUGGGAAUGGAGGACAUCCUUCGCUGCUUCAUCAAAGAAGGCAAUGCUGAAAUGGUCCGCCAGAUUGAAUUUAUCAUCAAGCAACUUAAUUCAGAAGAGCUACUGGAUGGUGUUCUUGAGUCUGAUGAUGAUGAAGAUGAAGAUGAUGAAGAGGACCAUGACACUAUGGAAGCUGAUCUGGACAAAGAUGAGCUGAUCCAGCCCCAGCUUGGAGAGCUCUCAGGCGAGAAGCUUCUGACCACGGAGUACUUGGGAAUUAUGACGAACACGGGAAAGACGAGGCGGAAGGGCCUGGUCGGUGUGCAGCAGAGUGCCCACGAGCCCCUGCGCCGGCCCGUCACCCCCGGCGGCCACAGGACCGCAGUCCUGGAAGACCACCCCAUCUCUCCCCAGAUGGCCCAACAUGCCAGGAAGGGCAGCGUCCCGUCGCUGAUGAGCACCCACCCUCCCGGGUACAAGGGCGGGGAGCCCAGCGCCUCAGAGCCUUGCGCCUCCUGUUCAGCCACCGCGGACAUCAAGCCAGGAGAAUGGUGGCCAGCAGGACAUCAGGGAGAAGCUCGCCUGCCCUCCGCGGAGGUCCCCAGCCAGGCCCCAGGCAGUGGAGAGCCCGGCAGGGAAUUUACAUCCGCCUUCACCUGCAAGGCCCGGACCCCCAGCACCCCGGAGAUCCUGGACCUGAACCUUCCCAAGGCCAGGGCAUCAGCCCUGACCCCUCAGCUCUCUUCAUGCGGCCCCCAGCAGGCCAGCCGCCCCAGCUCCAUGAUGUCCUCCACGAGGGGCCCACAGAGUAAGUCAGACCAGAGGGAAGAACAUCGUGCUCUCUGCGCCCAGCGGGCUGCAGGGAAAUAGGGAAAAGGCCGCGUCCCCUCCCUGCAGGACCAGAGCCGCGGCCGGUGUCCCCUUCUGCCCUAGAGACCAGUUCUUCACUAAUCUUUCUAUCUAUGCAACUGCCAUGGGCCUCAGGGGCUCAGGCACAACCUGGCAGACAGACCAGCCAGGCAGUGCUCAGAGUUAAGAUCCCCCCACUUCUGUGGGACUUGUGUGGUGGGCCCUGAAACCUGGCCCUGGCUCCUGGUGGGAGGCAGCGAUGCAGGCAGCCUGGAAAUCAAGCUGAAGCACAUGCCUUGGAGGGGGUGUCACUAGAGGGACGAGGCUGGGGUGGGCCCAAGGUGCCCCCCUCUGCCAUUGUGGUCACUGUAAAGACCACUUCCUCCCUCUAUCCCCUGCUAGGCUUGGCCAGUUGACCACGCCCCGCCCCUCCCCAGCUGAGCCUGGACCUUUCUAAGGCGGCUUAACUAAAACUAAGGGAGGGACACCUGGCUGGCAAAGUCAGUGGAGCCCGCGACUCUUGAUCUCAAGGCUGUAGGUGGGAGCCCCAUGUUGGGUGCAGAGAUUGCUUAAAAAAUAAGAUCUUUAAAAAUAAAUAAACAAAAAAUAAAGGGAAGCAGAACAAAAGAAUGUCAAGCAAUAGAAAACCCGUCCCCUACCAGGAUGUCUGCGUUUCUGCGACUCCUGCCCCCUCGCUUCCUGCCAGAGCCCUGGGCGCUCCGGCCAGCCAAGGCCCCGGGGCUGGCAUGUGGUUAAUGGGCCGAGGCUGGAAGGCGCGCCGGGCCCCGUCACCUCCAGGGCCCAUCUGCCGGGUGCGGAGCCCCAGCCCCGUGUCCCCCCAGCAGCGCAGGUCUAGCAGCUUCCUCAGCCGGGCCCACAGGAAACCCCUGCUAACCCCGGGAAGGCCUGGCCGAGGAGAGGGGGGCAGCCCCGCGCGGGGAGAGCUCAGCCUGCAGCAGCCUCGUGUCCUGGGGCCUCGACAAACAACAAAGCUGUUGCCAGCAAAGCUCACGGAGGGCCGCACGCCGAGCGGCCUGCUUCCUGUGAGGGAAGAGCAUGGCCACGUGAGCCGUGCCCCGGCCCGGAGCAGGUGACCCGGGAGGGACGGUCCUCUGUGUUCUGUUCGCACGGAGCCAAUUGAAAGAAGGGCUUGUAUGGGACAGAGGGGACUCUGUGCGGCGCUGCCGCGGGGCUGGCCGCGCGCUCUGGCUUUUUCUUCUCCAGGCAGCCAGUCUCACAGAAAGUGAGGGUGGCUUCGUCGCCAGUGUCCCCAUCCCGUUGCCCGAGGACCCGCCAGCUUCCCCGUCUCGGCCCGCCGGCGGCUGCAGGUGACAGAUGUGGAAAGACGUGGUCUGCGAGCCGCCAAGUGGCUUCAGGAACCGAGGCGAGGCCCCCGCGAUGCAGGCCCCUGUCCCUGCGCCUCCGGCCCUGCGCCUCGCACAGGGGACCGCAGCCGGGUGGCCGGGGCGAGCCCAGGCAGCGGCCCCUCGUCUCGGGAGCCCGUGCGGAGGGGCGGGGGCCCUGGCCUCGCUGGAAACCAGCGCUCGUCUCCGUCCAGCUAGGAGAAGACUGAAGGGAUUUAGAAUAGCAAGGGAGACUCAUUCUCCAGCCAUAUUCCCGAGCAACAAAUUUGAUAAUUUUGUCCUCUUUUGAAAUCUGGUAAGAAUAUGAUAUAGUCCCGUAUAUAGCCUGGAACAUACAGCCGUUCCUAAUCUUCUGCACACGUGUUUUCUUUAAAACCUCAUAGCGUUGACCAGUGUAACACCCCCCGCCCCCCGCCCCCCGCCUUUAGACUAUACCCACAAUGGUUCCCCUGGCAAAAUGACUGGACCCUGCCGGGGAGGACUGUGCUGGCCCCUUGUGGAGGGGUGACACCAGAGCCCAUGUCUUAGGACAAAGGUGAGAACUUUGCCUGCCGAGCCAGCAAAUGUCACCCAAGCUAGGAGCAAGAUCUGACCUCUCCUAAAAUAUGACUGUGGAAAUAAAAGUAAUCAAUUUUUUUAAAUUUUUAUUUAUGUAUUUAUUCAUGAGAGACAGAGAGAGAGGGAGGCAGAGACACAGACAGAGAAGCAGGCUCCAUGCAGGGAGCCCGACGUGGGACUCGAUCCCAGGACUCCAGGAUCAGGCUCUGGACUGAAGGCGGCGCUAAACCGCUGAGCGACUCGGGCUGCCCAAAGUAAUCAAUAUAGAUAGUACGUUGGGGGGGGGUAUAAAAUCGCGCAGUAUACCCCAGGCACGCACUCCAUCCGCCCUGGCGAUGCCCUUAGUGAAGACGUUUCUGGGGUCCCGCUUGGCCUACACAGAGGAUAAGCAUCGGCCUCCUCACUCCUCAAGAGAGCGAGCAGAGGAGGCAAACAGAAGGUCAGAGCAGGCAAGUCCCAGGUUAUCCCCGAGUUCCCCGUAAACUCGUCACCGGCUGGGGUCCUGCCUUCAUUUUGCGAGUUCUUGGCAGUGGCUCGAGCCCGGGCACGUUAGAACUCUGCGACUGCGUGACUGGCCCAGAGGCCGCAUCCAGACUCUGGUGCUGUGCGCGCCCCGGCGCUGCUCGGGAGAAGGCUGUGGAGGGCAAGGCUCGCCCGCCUCCUGGGAAUGUCCACCUCAGGGACUGUCCAGCUCCCCACGUGGAGGCAUUAAGAGGAAACACCGCCGUCAGUCACGAGUACUAUAGAUAAGGACAGACACGAAAGCAGAGCCUGGGUCCCUGAAAUGGGGUCACUGCGGUGAGACCUCGGAAAGUGGCUGCGGAUGAACGGUGGGCAGCGUAAUGGAAAAAUCUCUCCCGUUCUCCCCAGGAAAUCCACUCCCCUUCAGAUUCCUCAGAUGCCGCUGACUGGCACGGCCUUCCCCCUGCCUUGGUGUGGGAGCAGCCCCGUCUCCAGAAAUCCAGAAGAGUCAUCGGGAUCCCCCUCCCCCGGCCUUCUCCACGGUGUAAAGGCAACUGCUGUUUCUCCCUCAGACCCACAGAUGAGCUAAAGUCUGGUUUGUAAACGUCUGACAAUUUGGGAAAAGAAAAGACAGUCUUUGAGAGAUUUGGCCUGUAUCCAAAUCCGGGAGAAACUGCACUGGAGUCAGCAGGUGCAGCCAGGGCGGGUCUCUGGGGAAAGUAAACACCGUCGGGCCUGGGCACCACGCCCUGGGAGACUCCUCUCACCCCCACACCCGUCCACAACCCGAGCUGCUGGCUGGCAGGAGCCCUGGUGAGAUCCCAACAACUUCACAGAUAUCCCAGCCGUCCGCCGGCCUCCCCCGGGUGGCUGGGGUCGGACUCGAACACGACCUGUGAGGGAAAGAAUCCAGGACACGAAUAAAGCCAGACGGUCUCAAAGGUCACCUGGACAUGUGGUCACACAACUGGCUCCUGGGAUGUGCCCAUGAAACCCCCCAGGGAGCCACGGUGGAGACGCUGAGGACAUCCUGAGGCUGGUAGGCCUUCAGGAAGAUUCCUUCUUCCCACGGAAGCUGACCCCAGCGCUCCGGCUGCCCGGCCCCCUAAUUUCUCCUGAGUCAUACUGGAUCUUGUUCCGGUUCAUUCGCAGUACGGUGUAAAUGUCUGACAACAGCUUAAAUCAUGACCCUUGGUGGGAAUAUAAUAGACACAUAGAGGUUUGGGAUCUAAUCAGAUACCGGGGCUCAAUCACUCAGUAGUUUGGGAAGGAUUUAGCCCACAUCAAAAGCACUAAAAUAAAAAACAAAUGCACAAAUAAGAUUAAUGCAAAAAUUCCGUGACAAAAAAAUCAGACUUCUUAAUAAAAACAAGCUCUGACCCUGGGGUUCUAUGAUCAUACCCUUGCUUGCUACAUCCUGAUCCCAGCCCCAAUUCCAACAAAACUUUUUUUUUUUUUUUUUUUUACGGAAAAGGGCAGCCAGCUCAUAAGCCAUAGUUUUCUGAUUUUUUUUAAUAUUGCAUUAAAAUAUUGUUUAUCUUGGUUGCUGAGUUUUGGGGUGCCACCUUACGCUUUGUGUGCAAGGUGAACGCCUCACUUGCCUUACCCUUAUCCCUGCCGGGACCUGGGGCAUCCUCCUGGGCCCUCCCCGGUGCCGGUAGCACAGCCUCGUGGCUGGACGGCGGGCCUUCCUGCCCGCUGGACCACCUUCAUCUCUCCAGAUACUUUGCGUGGUGCGUUGGGCUAAGGGGUGGUUCACUUUGCACAUAACAAACUACCCCCAAACGUAGCGACUUGGAACAAAUAUUUAUUAGCUUUACAGUUAGUGGGUCGGCGAUGGGGCGGGGCUCAGACAGGCAGUUCUGUUGGGUUUGGCUGGACCCGGAUGCGUGUCUGCAGUCAGAGGGCAGUAAGGGCCUGGGUCCAAGUUCUGGAGGCCUCUCAUCCUGCACCAAGCUCACCUGGGCUCCUUCCCCGGUGGUCUCGGCGCCCCAACUUCUCUAAGAGACACGAAGCCCAGGCGCUGCUCGAGUUUCUACCUGCACCGUGUUUCCUCUUCUCCCAUCAGCCAAAGCAGGUCACACCACCAAAGCCAAAGUCUGCGUGCAGAGGUGAGGCAGCAGGGAAACCCAACCAACCCGGGGCACGACCCAGACGACGUGCCACGUAGGAGGCAUCCAGAACUUACCUCGCGGCUCGGGCCCAGAUCUUCCGGGGCUGUUUUUUCCAUUUUGAUUCAGUUCGGCAAACAUCCUGUGGGGCUGCUCUGUGUUGGGAUGUGGGGUGUUGUGAUUCUGUUGAAUUUACAUUUGUUCCGGGGGGGCCUCCCACAGCGGAGCAGGUGAAGUAGGGAAGACCGUCACUCACGGGCCCUCACGCCUCGAGAGGCCGCAAGGGGAGCCACGGCAGGCGGCGUGUGAGCAGCUCCCGGGCCGUCUGCCUUUGGUAGGGCUGGUGGGUGGAGUGUUUCUAGGGUCCCUGGGUGAAGGCCGGGCUGGUCAGUCCAAACCAAAAAGAGCAGGGGGCAGGGAGGGGGCAGUGAGCUCCGGGAGGUGAACAGGGGUCUUCUCUAAGGGCCGUUCCAGGUGCCCGAGUGAAGCGAGGGGCAGACGUCCAGGAGGAAGGUCGUGAGGUCGAGAGGAAGUCAGGCCUCACACAACCCACAUAGAGUGGCCCCUGGUGAAGGCGACAGUGAGGACCAAGGGUCUGGCUGGGAUCUCAGAGGAGAGGACUUGAGAAGUAAGAACCUGUGGGCAGAUCGAGGGGUGAGAGAAAGAAGAGGGGCUGGUGCAGGGGACCCUCUGGGAGGAGGACAGGCGACACACGCUCCAGGACCCAGGGAGGAAAGGAGGGCGUGCGGGCAGUCACUGCUGUCAGAGCUGGAGGACACGGGGGAGAGGCUGGCUGCUGAGGCCACCGUCCAGAGAGCUGUACCCCGCAGGUGAGGAUUGGAGGUCAGUCUGGUGCCGGGAGAGGCCGUGAAGACCCCGGGGGUCCGUGGGGAACAACCUGGAGGGGGAAGUGGGGGCAAGAUGACAGCCCAAGCUCCCAGAGGGGAGGCCGCCGCCAAGGCCACGGGGCAGCGAUCUUGAGGGGUGCUGGGGAGCAGGGGUUCCUCUGGGCAGGAGGCGGCGGUGUCCCCGAGCCAGCGUGUGCCCACUCACAAGAGCUGAUCCCUAAGUUAAACAUAACCAUUAACAAACCUUAAAUUUAUAUAUAAACUUACAAUUAAAUAAAUUCUAUUUUUAAAGGGUAAUAAAUACUCAAAACAUCCCUUCUGAGUUAUUUUACUGCGUUGACUAUUGCCUAUGUCGUGGAGGUUAUUUACAUGUUGUAGCUCGGUGGGGGAAAUAGGACAUAAUCGUGGCUCCUGGGCCUCUCUUCCCAACUCUAUCUUCAGUGAUAUCAUUCUGGUCGCUGGGGACUGGCCGUGCUGGGAAUAUCUACACCCCAGAAACCAGAAACAGCGCCUCCCAGGGCUUCUCCCCUCCCCCUACCCAGAAUGCUGGUGGUUAAGCAUUUGCCAGCACACCAAUGGCAGGAGCGUGCAGAAAAGUGCAGCCUGAGGCCGAAUGUUGGAUGGAGGGACGCCUGGGUGGCUCAGCGGUUGAGCAUCUGCCUUUGGCCCAAGACGUGAUCCUGGAGUCUCAGGACUGAGUCCCACACCGGGCUCCCUGCG